GUGCAAGCAAAGCAAAAUGAAUUUGUGGCGGCUGAGACCAUAUUGGAAGACUGGUUGAUCUUUGGCCAGAAUACAGGUGUUUAUACGAUGUGAAUUCUACAGAUUUUAGAAACAGAGAGAAACGGAAUGCGCUAUUGCAGAGCUAGUAAGCUUUCUCAAACAGCAUUAAACGACAGUAAUUCUCGAUGACCGCUGAUGGGUGACCUGCUUCCAAUGCAAAUCAAAACAACACCUCAGGAGGGUUUUAACUCAACAGGAACUGCAUUUUGCUGUUUUUGCAAGAGAAAUAUUGAUCAUGAUCUCAAAUUCAUCCGAUGAAGAGGACAGCGACAAUGAUGAAGUACCGGGUGAAAAAACAACGCUCAUUACAGAAAACUUGCCUGUUCCUGCAAGAUUUGUUGAUAGUCCGACUCCUUCCUUGAACAGCGAAGUGGAAGAGCAUCCAGACGAACAAGAACGCAAAGAAAAGUUGAUGCUUUACGUCUUUGUGUUACGUUGUAUUGCUUACCCUUUCAAUGCAAAACAACAAACAGACAUGACGAGAAGACAGUGUAAAAUAUCCAAGCAAGAGCUAGCAAUUAUUAAGAUACGCUUUGAACAAUUUUUGAGUGGGCAAACGUCAAUUGAAAGCGAUAAAGCGUUUUAUCUGGCAGUGAAGAGUUAUUAUGAGAUUUUUUUGAGUUCGGACCGCGUAAUAAAAAUGCUUGGCUGUGGUAGCUGUACCGCUAGUGAUUUUCGGGAGGUUUUUAAAAGCAGUAUUGAGAAACGAGUACGUAAUGUGCCUAGUGGUUUAACUAUAGAAACGAUUCUGAAUUCUUGGAUGGCAAAAUUUGACACUAUUUACAGAGGCGACGAGCGCUCGACCAUGCGAUCUCCUGCGCGAAUGACGGGUACUACUUCAACUAGUGAAAUGAUUCUCUCCAAAGAUCAACUUUAUGAAAUGUUCCAGACGAUAUUAGGUGUCAAGAAAUAUGAACAUGCGAUCUUAUAUAAUGCUUGUCAGCUGGAUAAUGCUGAUGAACAAGCAGCAUGUAUUAGACGAGAAUUACAAGGAAGAAUGGAUGUUCUUGCAAGUGGAAGUAAGGACUUACCUUCAUUUGUACACAAGAAUAUGAAAGCUAUUUAUGUUGAUGAACAAAGGAACCAAAUUAAUCAACUCAAGACAAAUCUUGACAGUUUGCCUGUUUCUAAUGUCAAAACAAAACCACUCAAAAGCACAGCUGUGAUGGUAUCUGACUUGUCAGACUGUGAGAGAAGUUUGUCUCCAUCUGAUGUUGUUUUGUCAUUUACAAUUGAAGUGUUAAUAAUGGAAGCCAGGGGGCUCAAACUUCCUGCUCAAAAGAUUGUGUAUUGUACCAUGGAGGUUGAGGGUGGAGAAAAAUUUCAAACUGAUCAAGCAGAAGCAUCAAGACCAAAAUGGGAUACCCAAGGUGACUUCACAACAACGCAUCCAUUGCCUGAAGUGAAAGUCAAGUUGCUGCUAGAGAAUAAAGGAGUGUUGGCUUUUGAUGAUAAGGAAAUUGCCAAGUUGACAUGUAAUCCCUAUCCAGGGUUUACAGAGGACUCGCGAUGGUACGAGGCUGUUCCAGUCAAGGCUGGACCACUCACGGAUAAGAUUCAAAUAAAAAUGAGAAUUAAAAUGGAUAAACCUCUCAACCUAAAAAAAUGCGGAUACAUGUAUUCGCAAGGUUUGAAUGUCUGGAAGAGAUGGAAAAAAAGAUAUUUUAUUCUUCUUCAGGUAAGCCAAUAUAAGUUCGCAUUGUGCAGUUAUCAUGAGAAGAAAGGUGAGCCUCAUGAGAUGAUUCAACUGGAUGGAUACACUGUGGAUUAUGCUGAACGCCCAGCAGGUGACGAAUAUGAGGGUGGGAAAUAUUUCUUCUGUUGCAUUAAAGAAGGCAACAGCGUGACACUUUCGACGGAUGAUGAAAUGGAAAGACAAAUGUGGGUGCAUAAGAUCUCACAAGCCACUGGACAGUCACACAGACCUGUGGCGCCAAAAACCUUGGAAAUCGGAACAGCAAAAACAAACUCCUUGACAAAACUGAUGGGAGACACAGAUCGCGCCAGGAAGUUUGGUCUGGACGAAGCAAUCCAAGCUGAUCCAUGCAAAGUAGAUCAUCACACAUUGUUUAAAUUGUUGCAAUUUCUCACCUUGGAACAUCGUCUGAAUGACACGUACUCGUGCUUGGGUUGGUUCUCACCAGGACAGUUGUUUGUUUUGGAUGAGUAUUGUUCUCGAUAUGGUGUUCGUGGAUGUUAUCGUCAUUUAUAUUAUCUUCUCAACUUACUCGACAAAGCUGAAUCUGGUAUCAUGAUUGAUUCAACAUUACUACAUUACAGCUACGCAUUCUGUGCUUCUCACGUGCACGGCAAUCGCCCGGAUGGUAUUGUGACAGUUACGACAUACGAGAAAGAAGCAUUUGAAGACGUGAAAGAAAGACUUUGGAGUCUACUCACAAAUCAGAUCAUAAAUUUUAGAUAUUCUUUUCCAUUUGGACGACCUGAAGGGGCACUUAAGGCAACCUUGUCUUUGUUUGAAAGGGUCAUGAUGAAGGAUAUUUCGACACCAGUUCCCCCGGAUGAAUUUCAGGCCGAAAUGCGAAAAUGUUUAAAAAAAGCUGCACUUGUAAACUAUACGAAAGUGUCAAAAUUUUUAAAGAUUGAAGAUUUUAGUUCACCCGACACAAAUCCCGUUGAUCGCCUUGAUGCCAUGUACCAACUGGCGGAUCAUUGUAUUGACCUUCUGCAGCAAAAUGAGGAACAUCAUGGCGAGGCAUUGGAAUGGUUCUCAACAUUAAUGGUGGAGCACACAGAACUGUUCUGGUCUUUAUUCACAGUUGAUUUAGAUGCAGCAUUGGAUGUGCAGCAUCCUGAUACUUGGGAUAGUUUCUCAUUGUUUCAGUUACUUAAUGAUUACUUCAAUAAAGAACUAUCUCUACGUAAUGGUCCAUGUCAUAUUCAUCUACAAAAUAAAUUCGCACCGCUUGUUAUCCGUUACGUCGAUCUUAUGGAAUCAUCCAUUGCCCAGUCCGUCAAUAAUGGUUUUGAGAGGGAGUCCUGGGUUCCAGUGGGAGAAGGAUGCACGUCCUCGGAAGAUAUGUUUUACAAGUUGAGUGCUUUGAAAGGAUUUAUUGAUGAUCUUCAUUGGCCAGAGAAGGAACUUGCUUCCCAUUUACGUCAAAGAAUUGAAUUGAUGUCAUCUGAUAUGAUUGAGGCUUGUGUUAUGAGAGUCCGUGAGUCGUACUCCAGUUGGAUUAAACGAGGAAGAUACGCAAUGGAUUACGUCAUACCCCAACAGAUUUGUGUCAUGUUUAAUGUGAUUGCACAGGCCAGUAAACAAGCAAAGGAUAUCUGUCAUUCAACCGCAGAAAUGAGAAUGCAGAGAGAUAGAGGAAAUCCUGCGGAGCAUUCUUAUCAUCCCGAUGUUCGUGAAUUUUUGAUGGAAACUGAAAGCUUUUUAAUCACAGAAAUCGUGGCCAAAAUUGACACUGUAUUAGAGGGGCUUCUAAAAAAGUUAUCAAGAUACGAUCAAGGAACGAUUAAAUCUCAUAUUUUUUCUCUUUCGUCUCAAACAGACGAAGCUAGGAUCAAGUAUAUUCAGUUUUGUCAAGUAAAUCUUGGACAAAUUCAAAACUCUAUUCAUGACGAUAGAUCGCGGAAAAAGCUUUUGAGAAAUUGGUAUGGUCACUUGAUGAGAUUGUUGGUAACAUGGUUAACCGACAGAAUCUCGCUGAAACUUCAUCCAUAUCAACUACAAACACUUUUUCCUUUAGUAAAGUCGUUCCCAGAGGACUUUGCGGUGUACGGCCUGAAAUCAUCACGUGUUCUACACAGUUCCAAUUAUAAACGCGUUUACAGUCGAUUGCAGGUGGAAGAGACGCUAGAGAGUGGCGAGGGAUCUAUAGUGCUAUCUAAUGAUAUUCAGGGACACAGUGAUAGUGACGAUGACUCGGAUUUUAGUGAAGAGGACUGAAGUGCAUUUAUUCUUGAGGUCAUAACUGGGCACUACGGUGUUUUUUGAUGUACCAUGUUGGUGUUGUGAUCAAUAUGAUAUGUAUGAAACGCCCACAUUCACAACAACAAUAUAAAUAUUUCAUUACACCAGUUGCUGAAUGGAAACGAGGCUUUCUAAGAGUAUAAUACACACUGCGCAUAUAUUUAACAGUUUAAUAUGUUAAUAAUUUUUAAAGGCUCAAAGCUAUAUUCAUAACUUUCAGUUUGCAAAUCUGAAUCGCUGAUGCAAAGUUUUUAUUUUUGGCUGAAGUGUUUAUUGUUCGUGACGCUGUUAUUCAAUCACUAAAAGAAGGCAAAUCCGCAACUCGAGCAGGUAUAAAACUUAUUCAGGAAACUUUGUAUAUUUUGUGGUUAGUUUACUAGAUGCCCCUUGUACCCUCUUUGGUCAAUAUGUUUUCUGUACACCCUCAUAAUAGACCAAACUUUAACAUUUCCCUUACGUGUCACGUGUGUCAAAUCUCUUAAUUGUUCAGGAAGACCACCUGGAUUCUUAUCAUUUUAAGCAC